AUGGCAACUGGAGGUCUUGAUCUUGCGGGAUUCUCACAGGCGAGGGCAGAGCGGAAUGCGUAUCUCGCGUGUGCAGCUUUGAUUGUGUAUGAAUACUUCUUGCAGCUAGAUGCGGAGGUCGUGUUCUUUUGGCAACAAAGGUGGUCGCUAGCGAAGGCUCUUUUCCUAUGGAGUCGAUAUUAUGGUCUGGCCUUCAAUGUGUUCGUAGGUACCCUUGAUUUGCGCGGCAUGAAUGGGCGUUACUCACCUCCGGAUAGUAUUUAUGCAGCCUCAGCCUUCUAUGAAUCUGUGCGUAUCGAUAAGGAUUUGCUGAAGAGAUGGCACCCCUCAAAUUUUUAUAGAUGCAACACAUUCUUUCACUGGCAAAACACUGGAGCAAGCUUACAGGUCAUCACUUCCCACGUGAUUCUCGAGCUUCGAUUAUAUGCGAUGUAUCAAAGUUCAAGAUACAUUCUUUGCCUAUUUGUUUUUCUGACCUUUGGAGAAGCGUUGGCCAUGGGACUAGUCUUUGGCAUCCCUAACAAGAACUUGGUCGGCACGAACGAACCUUUUCCUGAAUUGUUCAUUUGUGCCGACGCCGACCCACUGGAUGGUUCCCACUGGGUUGUCUAUUAUUGGAUGUCUAUCCUCAUCAUCGAAAGCACCUUAUUUUCUCUUGCGCUAUGGAAAGCAUGGCAGCAUCGACCAUCGGCCCAAGGCAGCAAGUUGAUGCAACAGCUCACUCGAGACUCUGCGAUGUACUUUGCCGUACUCUUCUGCAUUUACUUGGUGAAUCUCAUAAUGUGGGUCAGGAAUCGGAUUACUCUGGAUGAAUUGAUGACAGCAUUUUCAUUCGUGAUCUCGAGCAUAUUCGCCAAUAGACUCGUUAUCUCUGUGCGCUCGAACCACUAUCGAGCUAUAAGACCGGAACUCGACACAUAUAUGAUGUCCGGCAUAAAGUUCCACACCGUUCAGAUGAAGACAAAAGGGACGACAACUACGGGCGAGUUCACCACAGAUUACACGACCACAGGAACGGAUUCCUCCACAGACACUGAACUCAUGGACUUACGAACAUUUCACCAAAAUAACAAGUUCAACCAUGUUGUCGGGGUGUGA